CAGCUUUCCCAUCUCGCAUCUACUGCUGCUGUCUUUAGUGGAUAUCGUCACCUUCCAGAUAGCCGCAGCUCGAUACUAUUUGGGUUAUUCCGGCCAUCGCGCCGAGGUUGGGUUCGGCCAUCGAGCCGAGGUUGUUCCGGCCAUUGAGUCGUUGGGUUUCACUCUGUGCAUCUCUUAUGAUUACGAGCUAUCUGUGUUAUCCGGCCUGCGUGCCGCGUAUCGGCCUACGAGCCAUUAUGUCUCGGCCUACAUGCCGCUUUCCGGAUCCAGGGCCACGACGACUUGAUCAUUAGCUCGACCAGCUCAUCCAUCCAUCCGAGGGCGCCCCCCUGGGCCAGGGUACGUUCUCGUACUCGAUAUCUGUUUAUUUUACUACUAUUCUGUUAUUAUCUGGAUACUCAUACAUUUGUGGGAUUCGCCUCGAGCACCGAGGUACCAGAGACCGGGGGAACCCGGUCGAUGGAUACAGGUACAGUUGACCGAAGGAGGACUCCAGACGACUCGGUCAACGUAGCGGACAGAUCAUCCACCGGGUCAUGGGGAUGCGGUCAACCUUCCAGACACGUCAUACCGCCAGCCGCAAAUUGGCAUAAAAUUUAGUCUUCUGUUCUUCUAUCGAAAGCAGAAAGCAGAGAGCAGAUGCAUGCUAUGGGUAGCCAUGCACGCAUCUUCUACUCUUCCAAAAUGCUUUCCUGGCUCUUCUUUCUGCUCGAGAUCAUCGCCGUCGCAAAAGUUCAUAGCCAGCCUUCAACUCAAGGCUUCAUCAGCAUCGACUGCGGCAGCUCCACGAACUACACCGACGUCAUCACCGGCAUACCGUACGUCACCGACGACCCGUUCACCGACGACGGCGUCAACUCCCAAGUCGCCUCCAACUACAACAGCAUCUCGCCCUCGCAACUGACAACCCUUCGGAGCUUCCCCAACGCCACCCGGAGCUGCUACGCCCUGAAGCCGGUGAUUAAGUACAGGAAGUACUUGCUUAGGGGCACCUUCUACUACGGGAACUACGACGGCCAGAACAGAGCCAGCACCGUGAAGCCCCUGCAGUUCGAUCUCUACUUCGAUGCUAAUUUCUGGCGAACGGUGAGCAUCACGGAUCCGAUUAGUUAUUCCUGGUACGAGGUUCUCGCGGUAGCAAUGACCGACUCUGUUUCGGUUUGUUUGAUCAACACGGGUUCGGGAACGCCGUUCAUCUCGGUGCUCGAGUUCCGGCCGCUUCCUGACGUCAUGUAUCCGGCUGUCAACAAGACGCAAUUUCUAAUCACUAACAUUCGGCGUAACGUCGGACCUCCUCCACUGAUCAUUCCUGCAUUAUUCGUAAGUGCUGUUACCGAGAUCACCACCGCUGAACACUCUGGCUUGUGUAGUGGGACCAGGUACCCGGAUGAUCCCUACGACCGGCUUUGGGAACCAUGGAUGGAUUCCGAUGCGUUUACAGUGAUCACCACCGCUGAAUCCAUCCAAAGCAGCACCAAUGAUUAUUUCCAGCCGCCGUCCAUCGUCAUGCGAUACGCUGCCACUCCUUCCGACAACUCCAGUACUAUCAUGGAGUUCUCGUGGGACCACUCCUCCUUCGGCCUUAGCGGCGACAGCGUGCACGUCAACUUCUUUUUCACCGAGUUCGCGCCCAACACCACGAGGACGUUGAACAUUUAUCUCAACGACGCCAUCUGGUACUCCAACUACACUCCACCCUACCUUAGGGCAGGCAACAUUUACAACACCGGUCCCAAUGUCCCAAAUGGGGAAUACCACUGGGCUAUCAACUCCUCAGGCCUGUCCAACCUUCCUCCGAUCCUCAACGCGGAAGAAGUUUUCACUGCGAUGCAAUUCAAUCCGCUCGGGACAAACACCGACGAUGCGGAUGCCAUCAAUGCCAUCAAGGAACUAUAUCGGGUCAAGAGAAGUUGGAUAGGUGACCCAUGUGUUCCCCAACAGUACCCAUGGGAUGGAGUGAAUUGUAGCUACGGAACAAAUCCAGCAAGGAUCAUAUCAAUAAAUUUAUCUUCAAGUGCCUUGUCCGGUUCUAUAUCCUCCUCGUUUGCCAUGUUUGCAGCAAUCGAGUUCCUGGACUUAUCUUACAACAACCUAACGGGACCAAUACUUGAUGCUUUAGGAGCAUUGUCAUCACUCCAAAUCCUAAUUUGAUGGGUAAUAAUUUUACCGGAACAAUCCCGAGAUCCUUUCUUCAAAAACAAAAUCUGAUGUUCAGGACAUUUUCUAGUUGAGCUUGCUGGAUUAUGGAUGUCUCAGAUUCUUGUCAUCUCUAGUUGCUGCUUUAGUUGUCUUUGUUUCUAAAUACACCAUUGAUGCAAAAAGUCAUCCUUGGGAUUGCAUCUAACCUCAAUGAUGUGACUGACAAGUACUUCGACGAUUGCAAUGAGGAGGAUACGAGUAACCACACCAAAGUAUGAAGAAUUAGCAAGAAAAUUUGAGAUUUAAGUGAGAAGAUGGUUAAAGCCAAUGAUCAAAGAACAUUCAAGGCAAGAUGAUAAGUAGCAUCUACCAAGAUCCUUUAAGUUCAUGCAAUAAAAUAUAGUUGGAAGGAGUAGUUUUGAGUGUCUUCUAAU